UCAAGGUAUGUUGACUUACUAAACAAUUUUUCAAAGAUAAAUUACUUAGUUACAAUUUUCUUAGUGAUGAUCCUCAUUGUUUUUGAUUACGUUUAUAUAUUUCAAUUAUCUAAACUAUCACAAAAUGUAAUUGAAAUAAUCGAAAGCAGCAUCUAUAGUAUUGGUUCUGUUUUUAUACUAUAUCUUAAUUUUUACCUUGGCCAAAAGCUAUUGAACCAUAGCAGUGCAGUUUUCAACGAAUUGAAUAAAAUUCCAUUCUACACUUUCCCCGUAAAUUAUCAAAAAUUGCUAUUAUUUAUAAUAGUGAGAAGCGGAAGACCAUGCGUGCUUUCAAUCGGUGGUAUGUUUGUGUCAUCACAUGUAACAUUUGCUGCGAUAAUGCGAAAAGCAUUCUCUUUUGCUACGGUAUGUUAUACUGUUCAAUAAUUUUUUAUUAUAUACUAAACGAUGAAAUAGUUUUAAUUAUCAAUACAUAUGUAUGUCAAAAAUUUAAUUUAUUUCAUAGAAAAUCGAAUCUAUUCACUUUUGUAGAAAAUAAUAAGAUGUUUGUAACGAUGGAAAAGCACAUAUGACAUUAUUGUUCGAUAUUAAUUAUUUAUUUCAUAUAAGAUCUUAUAAUUAUAAUAUUCGUCUUAAUUUUUUUUUUUUUUUUUUAAAUAAUCGCUUUCUACGUGCACUGCGUAAUUGUCACCAAUCUUCUUUGUAUAAGUAUAUUAAAUUUGAUGGACUGUAUUAUCGACAAAGUAAAGUACACUUCAAUAACUAUUAUAACGAUCUGUUUUCUCCUUUUUAAGCUAAUAUUGCAUAGACCGUGGUUGGAGAACGACUGACAUUAGUUGUAGUCAAUACAACCUUCUGCGCAUGUCCAUAAAAAUUGAAAGUAAAAGAAGAAAGAUUUCACCCUUAUUUAAUUGUUGAGAAGUAUCAGCUGUUUCUAUUCAUAGGGGAAAAUAAGUUCGAAAUGGUGAAGUGUUAGUUAAUAUACACGUAUAAAACGACAUAUAUUACAUAGCGUUUUAUAGAUUAAAUAGUUAUUGUUCCCUUUUUUUAUCGUCAUUUUGAAACAUAGUUCUUUAAUUGACAAUGAAUGGUAAUUAGAAUGAAUAAUGAAAUAGUAGUUGGGAUAUAGAUAUAUUGAUUAUUUCGUCGUGGAACUAUAAGGCAUACUUUAUGAUGGCUCGGAGAGGUGUGAACUUCUUCGAAGAGCAUUUCCUCUUUUCGAAUCGACUAGUUCAAUCAAUAUUGAAUCUACGUUCUGAUCAAAAUUCUAAGAUGCCAUUGUUUAUAUUUGGUACAAUUAUUUUUUACUUAUUACCUGGGAUAGUACAUCAGGUAAGCGUGUCUUUACUUUAAAUGUAUUGAAGAUUAAUACUAUUAUUAUAAUUGUUAUUAUAUUAAGCUUAAUUAUUUUUAUUGAUAUAUAUAUACAUAUAUAUAUUUUUUUUUGUUGAAUAUAAUAAGAUGAUUUAUGUUUAAAAAUCAUUAACGUUAUGUUAUAUUACAUGAAAUUUGUGAGACUGUUCUUUAACUUCAGUUUUAUCAGCUUUUCACUUCAAACAUUGUACUGGAAUCACCUGUUAGAGUGUUGCAGAAAAUAAUGACAUCUAUAUGUAUGAUUACUGCUUAUAGUACCACCUAUUUUCGUUUCGCGACAGUUUGUAUUAUAUUUUUGUGUUUUCUUCGCUUUAUCGUACAUUUUUACAAAUCGAAAAUACGUUCAGUUAUCAUAUCAGAAUGUAUUAUUUUCAGUUGAAGACACUUUUUAGUCGUUUUGUACUUGAUUGGGAAUUGUUGUCCGACGAGAUAGAAUUAUAUUUCAUGGAAAAGUAUACGAAACAAAAUAAAUCUUAUGUGUACUUUAUCUUAGGUAAAUAUUUACAUAUUCAUGUAAAAUAAUAACUAUUAUUACAAUAUUGUAAUUACAUUGAUUCUUGUAUUUUUACAGUUUUAUUUUACGUCUAUGCUAUUUUUAUAUUAUCACCGUGUAUUUUAAAAGUCUUUUUAUAUCUUUUUGGUACAUUGGACGAUAAUCAAUUAACCUUAUUCGUUCCCGUUAAUAAUGUUACAAACGCAGGCGUGCUAUAUUAUUGUUUGCUUAUUUAUCAAAUAUUAGUGCUAAUUAUUGUAACGACAAUAGGCAGUAUUAGUUUUUCAGGAUAUUUGAUAUUAGUACAACAUGCGAUUUAUCAACUCAACGUUAUAAUGUACGUCUUUGAUCGUAAAAUUAUUUGUUUGAGAAUCAAUUGCAAUUACGUAUUUAAAUGCCAUUUCACAAUUUUUUUUUUUUUUCAUUAAAGAUUUAAAGUUCGACAACCAUUUAAGAAGCAUUCGAAAUGUAUGCAAAGAAUUUGUUACUUUAAAACACCUCACAUAGAAUGGGAUUGGAUGGUCGACAUUAUAAUACGCUAUAGAAACUUUAGCGAGUUAGUUGAAAUUAAUUUUGUCAUUUCUGAAUAUAGAAUCAUAAUAUAGAUUCGUAUAAUUCAUUGUUUAUAUUUUAUUCAAGGUAUGUUGACUUGUUAAAUGAGUUUUCAAAGAUUACUUAUUUGUAGUUUUCUUAGCGAUGAUUCUCAUUGUUUUUGAUUAUGCUUAUGUAAGUAAUACGUUUGACAUAAAUUGAAAAUUAUAAUAAAAAAUUGAUAUAUUUAAUUAUUUAUAUUUAUAUAAAUACAUCUUAUUUUCUAUAUCUUUCUUCUUGAAAAUUCUGACAAUAUUUAUUGGCAAAUCGGAUAGUAUGUUGCAUGUACAAUAGAAUUAUUUAUUAAUAUGUUAAUCUUUAUAUUCUGGAGAUCAUUGGAAAAUAUGUAUUUAUUUAAUGAUUUAUUUUUAGAUAUUUCAAUUAUUUAUAAUAUCCCAAAAUGUGAUCGAAAUAAUAGAAUGCAGUAUUUACAUUGUUACUUCCAUUUCUACCAUAUAUAUUAAUUUUUAUUUUGGCCAAAAGCUGUUAAAUUAUAGCGACGCAGUUUUCGACGAAUUGUAAGAUAUUUCAGAGUUUCAUAAAACUUUGUAAUUAUUAUAUAACAUCUGACGAAUAUUAGUAAAAAUUUAUCUAAUACAAAUAUUAAUUAAAUAACUAAUAACAAUAAGUCCUAUUUAAAAUGCAAUUCAAUGGGUUUGCUAUUAAUCGAUUAAAAAAAUUUUAUUUUCUUUUUGCAGAAGUAAAAUUCCAUUCUAUAAUCUUUCCAUAAAAUAUCAAAAAUUGCUACUAUUUAUACUAAUGAGAAGUGGAAAACCAUGUGUACUUUCAAUCGGUGGUAUGUUUGUCUCAUCACAUGAAUCUUUUGCUGCGGUAAGUAUCAAUAAAUAAAU